UGUCACGUCACCCACACAAAAACAACAAUCACUCUCUACAAUGGCCGAAACGCUUUCUACCGGCGAGUCCCGAUAUUGGCCCAUCUACGGUAGCAACACCACCGAAAGAAACAUCCCUUACGCCUCGCUUCUCCGCCUUCUCCGAUAUCAUUCACCAACCUCCUCGCAUCUCUUUGGUUUCCUGGCUCUCCUCAUAUCCGGAGGCCUUCUCACCUUCCUCCUAGGUGUAACCGUGACCGCCACCGCGUUCGGCUUCAUUGCGUUUCUUCCCUUGAUCAUCAUCUCGGGUCCGAUCUGGCUUCCGGGUUCUGUCCUUGUUGGCGGGUGCUUAACAGUCGUGGGAUUUCUUGUUGGAACGGUGGCUAUCGUAUCGUGGACGUACCGUUAUUUCCGGGGAAUGCACCUGGCUGGAUCGGAUCAAAUGGACUAUGCACGUGGUCGGAUCUAUGACACAGCCUCGCACGUCAAAGAUUACGCUAGAGAGUACGGUGGAUACUUCCACGGUAGGGCUAAAGAUGCAGCCCCUGGUGCUUAACCUAAACCGGUCUGUAUUGUCUGGUUGAGCGUAAGAUCAGAGUCCGUUCUGAGAUUUCUAAGACCCUAUUCAAAACAAAAUUAUUUACAAAUUAUC